AUGGUCAGGGGACUGUUAAGCGGAAAAGAAGUCUGUGACAUGAAGCUGAACUAUAUGUUUGUAAAAAUUCACAAAGCAGGCAGCACAACAACAGCUUGCAUUCUUCAACGGUUUGGGUAUGAGAACAACCUGACCUUUGUCCUACCCAUGAAUGGCGGGGCUUACGUCGGCUGGCCCAACCUCUUCAAACAAGAAGACGUCAUACCGUCAGAAGACAGUUUCUUCAACGUGUUCGUUAACCAUGCUAUCUACCAUAAAGAACUGUUGGAAAACAUCAUGGCACCAAAUACGGUAUACCUUACCACGCUAAGGCAUCCACUCGCUCACCUAAGGUCUGUGUUUAAUUGGUAUCACCUUACUAAACACUUCAAAGGGUUAGAGGGAAAAGAUCCUGUUGAAUCCUUUUUAAAGAACCCCACUAAAUUUGAAAUUCCGUACGUCAUUCAUCACAAUAAACCAUACUCACACACUAAAAAUUUCAUGGCGUACAACCUAGGUUUCCCCCUCGGACUGUCUGACAACCAGUCUGUUGUUGCUGAUUUUAUUAACAGGAUGUCCAGAGAUAUGCAUUUAGUUCUCAUUUUAGAACAUUUUAACGAGUCUCUCGUGCUGCUGAAGCGUAUGAUGUGCUGGGACGUGAAAGAUAUUCUUUAUGACCUUGUGCCAAAACAAAUAAAAACAUACAAUAAAUCUUCAGAAAACAUCACACGUUUAGUCGUGAUGCAUCGCCACUGGAGUAAUGUAGAUUAUCAGCUGUAUGAUCACUUCAACGCUACGCUUUGGAAUAGAAUCGAAAACGAAGGGGACGACUUUUCCAGAGAGAAGAAAGCUAGCACGGACAGUGCCAUGACAGAGGAGGCGUCGCAGCUUGACAACUGGGCUGACCGUAACGACAUGCUCCUGAACGGCAAGAAAAGCCAGAUGCUGCUGAUCUGCUUCAGCAGAAACGCUCCAGUACUGCCACCUCUGUCUCUCGGGGGCGAGCUUGUGCCAGUCACCACUGUUAGCAAGGGGCUCGGCUUCAUCUUUGACAACAAACUCUCCUGGCGCGAACAUGUGAAGUCUAUGGUGUCAAAGGCCUCGAGCAGGCUCCACUACCUCCGCCUGCUGACAAAACAGGGCAUGAGUGUGCAAGAUCUUGUCCAGGUGUACCUGAGUCUCAUCCGCCCUGUCCUGGAGUAUGGCCAUGUUCUGUUGGUCGGUUGCAGUGAGGAGCAGGCAGCGAGCAUGGAGAGGGUUCAGAGGCGCGCCCUCCGGAUCAUCUCACGUGGCGGCAGACGUUCUGUACCGACACUGCCGUCCCUGAAGGAGAGGAGAGAGGCCGCUGCUGUGUCUCUUUUCAAGGCCAUGCUGAAUCCUGAACAUCCCCUGCACGACCUGGUUCCUGCCCAGAGACAGUCUGUCACAGGAAGAUCGCUGAGGAACAGUCACAACAUCACUGUUCCCCAUGCAAGAACUAAACGGCUGCAACAGUCCUUCCUGCACUACACCAUCAGACUCUAUAACAACCUGCCUUGA